AUGUCAACUUGUCAAUGGGGGUAUAUUGGAAAAAUAGAUAUCUUGAACUUGUUUUGCAAGAAAAAUUCCAAGAUGAGUUUGUUUCAAUUGACCUCAAAGUCAAGCCCCAUAUUGAGUAUGGAAUUGGGCAUCCAUAACCAUUCUCACGGUCAAGGUGGUAUGGUCAAUGAAGUCACCCACCCAAUUGGGAAUGAUGGAUCAUGGGGGUAA